AUGAGGAGGGAGAACCAGAGCAGCGUGUCCCAGUUCCUCCUCCUGGGGCUCCCCAUCCGGCCAGAGCAGCAGGGCGUGUUCUUCACCCUGUUCCUGGGCAUGUACCUGACCACGGUGCUGGGGAACCUGCUCAUCAUCCUGCUCAUCAGGCUGGACUCUCGCCUCCACACCCCCAUGUACUUCUUCCUCAGCCACUUGGCCCUCACUGACGUCUCUAUCUCAUCAGUCACUGUCCCUAAGAUGCUGAUGGACAUGCAGACUAAGAAAAGAUCAAUACCCUAUGUGGGGUGCAUUUCUCAGAUGUAUUUUUUCAUACUGUUUGGCUGUCUUGACAAUUUCCUUCUUGCAGUGAUGGCAUAUGACAGGUAUGUGGCCAUCUGUCACCCACUCCACUACAUCUCUGUCAUGAAGGAGGAGCUGUGUGUCUUACUAGUAGCUGGGUCCUGGUUCGUCUGUUGUGUCCACGCCCUGUUUUACACCCUUCUUCUGACUAUGCUGCAGAGUCAUCAAAACCAAUCCAGCGCCUCUGAGUUUUUCCUCCAGGGAAUAUCUGAGUCUCCAGAGCAACAGCAGUUACUGUUUGGACUUUUCCUGUGUAUGUAUCUUGUCACCUUGACUGGGAAUGUGCUCGUCAUCCUGGCCAUCGGCUCUGACCCGCACCUCCACACCCCCAUGUACUUCUUCCUGGCCAACCUGUCUUUUGCCGACAUGGGUUUAACAUCGUCCACAGCUCCCAAGAUGCUGGUGAACGCCCAGACUCAGCAUCACAGCAUCUCCCGUACUGAUUUCCUCACGCAAAUGUAUUUCUUUCUGAUGUUUGGUGACCUGGACAGCUUCUUCCUGGCUGUAAUGGCAUAUGACCGCUACGUGGCCAUUUGCCGCCCUUUCCACUACUCCACGGUCAUGAGCCCCCGAGUCUGUGCCCUGCUGCUUGCACUGUGCUGGGUCCUCACCAACACUGUGGCCCUGACUCACACCAUCCUCAUGGCUCGGCUGUCUUUCUGCGUUGUUGGAGAAAUAGCUCACUUUUUCUGUGACAUAACUCCUGUCCUGAAGCUGUCAUGUUCUGACACCCGCAUCAACGAGUUGAUGGUUUUCUUAGGAGGCACAGUGCUCAUCGUCCCCUUUAUAUGCAUUGUCAUCUCCUACAUCCACAUUGUAUCGGCUAUCCUGAGGGUCCGGAGCCCUGGUGGCAGGGGUAAGGCCUUUUCCACCUGCAGCUCCCAUCUCUGUGCUGUCUGUGUGUUCUAUGGGACCCUCUUCAGUGCCUACCUGUGCCCUCCCUCUGUUGCCUCUGAAGAGAAGGACAUUGCAGCAGCUGCAGUGUACACCAUAGUGAUUCCUUUGCUGAACCCCUUUAUCUACAGCCUAAGAAAUGAGGACAUGAAGGGGGCCCUAAAGAGGCUCUUCAGUCUCAGGAGAAUUUUUUUCCUUUGGAUAUGGUGA